AUGUCUCAACUGGAGGGACUCAAGCAACACACGAUUGUCGUGGCCGACACCGCAGACUUCUCGCUACUGGCAAAGUUUAAGCCGGAGGAUGCCACAACAAACCCGUCCCUCGUGCUUGCCGGCAGUCAACUGCCACAGUACGCCAAACUUAUUGAAGAUGCGGUGAAGUUUGCGAAGGAAAACGUCAGCCGUCUGCGUGAUGGACUCACCCCCGGUGCGGACGAGAAGGCACAUCUGCUGGAGUUGUCUGUCGACAAGCUGACGGUGAACUUUGGCUCUGAGAUUUUGAAGAUUGUUCCUGGUCGUGUGAGCACGGAGGUGGACGCCCGGCUUUCAUACGACACGGCACGUAUGGUGGCAAAGGCGAGGCAUAUUGUGAAGCUCUACGAGGAGUCCGGUACGCCGCGAUCUCGUCUUUACAUUAAACUGGCCUCCACGUGGGAAGGCAUUCAAGCCGCCCAGAAACUUGAGGCGGAGAACAUCAACUGCAACCUCACGCUCCUCUUCUCGUUUGGGCAGGCCGUCGCAUGUGCGCAGGUCGGCGUCUCCCUUAUUUCUCCAUUUGUUGGCCGCAUCCUUGACUGGUACAAGGAGCACCAGCCAGAGAAGGCAGAAAGCUACGUUGGUGCGCAGGAUCCUGGCGUCAUCUCCGUGACGCGGAUCUACAACUACUACAAGCAGCACGGGUACAAGACCAUCGUGAUGGGUGCCUCCUUCCGCAACACGGGGGAGGUGCUGGAGCUGGCGGGGUGCGACAAGUUGACCAUCUCACCCAAACUGCUGGAGUCACUCGACAACACCCCCGGCCCCGUCCCACGCAAACUCGACCCGGCGCACCUCACGGAGAAGACGGAGAAGUUGCCGCCGUUCACAGGACCGGAGUCGCUCUUUGAGGGGGAGCCAAACACGAUGGCGAAGGAAAAGUUGGAGGAGGGCAUCCGGAACUUCUCAAAGGACACGGAGAAGUUGGAGGCACAAGUCGCAGCGUUGCUGUAG